AUGGCCUGCGUGACCCUCUCCACCUAUGGGCCAGUGGAGGAGAUGACCACCAACUAUGCUGAGCAGCAGCAUCUGCUGGGAGUGCAGACUGGAGAAGGCAUCACCAACAUCUGCUGCGCUGGGUGCCUGACAACCAGCAAGAAUGUGCUGGAUGCUGCUUCAGCUGUCUGCAGUGUUGCCUGCUUCCCUGGUCCCUGCUUGACACAUACCUGCACUGGCAUUUGCAGGCAUGCCAAGGGUCAGUGGCUCAAGCUGGUCAAAGGCUGGUUUGCCAUUGCCUUCAUCAUUGUGGUGACUGGUGCAGUGGGCUAUGUGUUGCAUAAAAUGGGACUCUUUUCUUCUAUGGGUGCUGGUAUUGCUCAGGCUUGGUCCUUCACCCCUUGGGGUAAGGCCAUCAAGAAGCAGGCCUGA